GUGGUCUAGGUGUGUGCUGCACUGUUUUCUUAUUUUUAGAUCUGAUUCUCGAUGCUGUACGCUCUACUGAUUUCAGGACGGCAAAUAUUUCUGUCGUGUGGCUUGCUGGCCAUUGCUUGCACAGCAGUCCGUGGCAGGCGUGAGCCAUUUUCUAUUCCUGUUGCUCCAACUAUACGAUUGCUACUUGUUCCGAGCAGUGUUCCCCAAGGAGCCACUCCUACUUUUGUCUGUGAAAUAGCUGGAAAUCCAUUGCCUGUCAUUUUAGAGUGGCGAAAGGACAAUGACUUGCUCACUUCAUCAAGCAAGCGAAUUCGAAUACUAAAUGACAAAUCAAUACUUGUAAUUCAUCGUUUAUCACCUCGGGAUGGAGGGCUUUAUGAAUGCUUUGCAGAAGCAGGAGGACUAAGACUGAAUGCCAGUACUUGGCUUCGAGUUAUUGUUCCUCCUGUUAUACAUAACGUCACCAAUGCAACUGCAGUAGUUGGAGAAAAUGUGACUCUGACGUGUUUGGCUAAACAACACUUGUUCUUGCGGUGGAAAUUUAAUGGAUCUUUUGUAGAUCAUAUGCCACGAUAUCGGGUAAUAGGGAUGGGAGAGCAGUUGGUUAUAAAGAACAUUCGUGAGACAGAUCACGGAUGGUAUCUGUGCCAAGCAUUCAAUGAAGCAUUUAACUCUAUAGAAAAAGUUCAUCUCUUUGUGCUAAUUCCUCCACAAAUGAUAUCGGGGCCUCAGAAUACAUUUGUUCCUUUAUUAUGGAAGGUUGCUUUUACUUGUGUGAGUUCCGGUCGUCCCAAACCAACUUCUUUGUGGAUACACAAUAAAGAAGUUGUUGCAUUAGACAAACGGCCUAAUGUUGCCAUAUAUCCAGAUCACAUAGAAAUCGCUAAUGUUACACUUCAAGAUGAAGGCGAAUAUUGUUGUGAAGUUGUUAGCGAUGCAGGCAUAGCACCAUCAAACUGCACAACGUUGACGGUUCUGGGUCACGUGGCAGUGCUUCUAAGCACAGUUGUUCACAUCAUGUGGGGAAAUAAGGUGACACUGAACUGCAGUGUUGCUUCCUUGGAUAUCUCUGAAGUCCAGUGGACUGUCAAUGGUGCUGUUGUAGACAGCAAGUUGCACUCACGGCUUGCUCAGUUUGACAGUCGACAGCUGGAUGUUGACGGGGUGCUUUAUAGUGAUAGUCAUUUGAAUAUUGUUUGCUCUGUUAAAGUCAAUGAUAGUGCAAUUGCAGCAGAAAGAUUUUGGCUCAAUGUGUCGGAGGCAGUGGGUGCUCCUACUGAAGUAUCAGUCAGUGCAUUAGGGUAUGGAGUUGUGUUAGUGAGCUGGAAAUGGUCAAGUGUAUACAAACAGUCACAUCGUAUUGUGUUGUAUCAUGAUGGUUUGAUGGUUAAGUCUGAGGUUGUUGGAUCAGAAGCAUCGAGUGCAGCUAUUUCAUAUGGCACUGGAAAUACGAAGUACAUUGUCAUUGUUGAGGCAAUUAGUGCUGAAGGAGUCUACUUACCGAGCAAACCAGUGGAGUUUACAUCAUCCGUAGCAGUGGAGAUGACAUUGGUUUGGAAUGGAUUUGAGGGAGAUGAUACGACAUCUGAUGUGAUGGCAAGAACAAGGGGGACACCUCGGGCUACCACCAGGUCUACUAUUCGCAGUCAUCAGAGUACACCUCCUUCUCAUAGUGAUGGCAAAGCUUCCAGCAAUUUUGUGAUUCCUGUCGUGGUAUGUGUGUGUGUGCCUGUGAUUGUGGGUCCACUCGUCAUUUUCUUGAUUGUGAGGAAAAGAAUUACUACUAAACGAUAUGAAACUCAACACGAUAGCAAGUCAACUAAAGAUAUGGAGAUAGAUACAAGUAGUCAGACAUGAAGAAACACAUGAAUACUAUGAUCUACAGGUAAGUACUCAACUUCUGAUAACUUGGUAUAGGCAGCACUGACUGUACAAUGUGGCAAAGCAUUUUGAUCAAUACUGUAAAUGUACAUAUAUGUCAUUUGUAAUGAUAUGGUUAGACUUAUGUACAUACAAACAUAAUGAGAUCAUCCAUAUAGAGCAAAUAGAGCAAAUACACGGGUUUGUACAAAUUUGUGCUGCA